AUGUCCCGCGUGCCCGCCUGCCAAGGCUGGUGCCAAGGCCAAUUCAACUGCCAAGGCUGGUGCCAGGGCCAAAUCAACUGCCUGGCUGGGGACGGCCAGGUAGUAGACGUCGUCCGCCGCCGCCUCCGCCGCCCGCGUGCCUCCGCCCCGCUCAGCAAAAAAUCAGCAUUAUAUCAGGAGGUGCCACCAAAGCCGCAGCAUCUCCAAGCGCAAAAAUUCUUUUCGCACUGUGGAGCUGUGGGGUCGCCUCCGAUGAGGGCGGCGGCAUCGAGGCGUGCCUUGCAGCAGUGCACGCGGCAGCUCUCGUCGCUGGCGACGGUGACGGAGAAGGGCGCGGCGACGGCCGUCAACCUCAAAGCCGAUGGCCUCGCCGACCUGCCAAUCACGCUUCCGAUCCACAAGCGCGGAGAGACCGCAAUGGAGCCGCGCCCCGGCGCGACGAUGAUUGAGGCUUGCGAGUCGGUCGGGAUCAACGUGCCUCGGUUCUGCUUCCACGAGAGGCUGUCUGUGGCGGGCAACUGCCGGAUGUGCCUG